GAGGAGGGAGGAGGAGGUGGAGGAGGACUCACCGGUCACCAGUCCAGUCUGCAGCCGACACUCGGGCCACCUGCCCUGCACGUUUAGCGGACGAGCUCUGCUGGGAAAACGACUGGUGGAAGAGAAGAUUUCACUCGGGACAUUUUUUCUUUUCUUGACUUUAGAGACUGAACGCAGUCAGACUGAAGAUCUGCAUCGUGUUCACCAGGGAGAACAUGAUGCAGGUUUGAGGGAGGGAAAACUUUUUGCUUUCUGAGGAGCAAACUGAGCCAUAACUUCAACUCAACUCCUGGAUUACAAACACGCCAAACUUCCUCUCGGGUUCCUGAGAGACUACAGACUAACCCAUCAGUUUGUAGUCCAAAGUAUUUUAAUCUGACUGCUGGCCUGCUGGAAAGUCUCUGAAUCAUUCCUGUAGUGUGGAUUCACACUGAGUGACCGAUCAGAUUUCACAGUAAAAUUCUGUAAAAAGAUAUCACAAACCGUAGCAAACCUCCAGGCGUCCUCCCCGGGCGGAGACACACAUCCAACCGCCCGCCGUCCGGGCAUCAUGAAGCGGCCGUGUGAGGACAGCAGCUCGGCGGAAAGCGACGUGGAGGAGACCAUUGACGUGGGCCGUGAGAGCGUUUAUCCGGGGCACAUGAAGGCAUCUUAUCUAAGAUGUGGGUCACCGACCACAACCACUCAAGUGAUGGCGAGGAAGAAACGCAGAGGGAUCAUCGAGAAGCGACGCAGAGACAGAAUCAACAACAGCCUGUCCGAGUUACGGAGGCUCGUCCCCACAGCCUUCGAGAAGCAGGGUUCGGCCAAACUGGAGAAAGCCGAGAUCCUGCAGAUGACCGUGGACCAUCUGAAGGUGCUGCAGGCCACGGGAGCCAAAGGUUAUUUUGACGCCCACGCUCUGGCCCUGGACUUCCUGUCUCUGGGUUUCAGGGAGUGUGUGACGGAGGUUUCGCGGUACCUGAGCGCCGUGGAGGGCCUGGACUCCAGUGACCCGCUGCGCUCCCGCCUCCUCUCCCACCUCACCUCCUGUGUGUCUCAACGUGAGGCCACUGCCCUCACCCUGACCUCCCAUUCACCACAUCACCCGCACCAGCAGCCUCACCCUUUGCCUCACCCCUUCCACCACCAUCACUGGGCUGCCGCCGCCGCCGCCGUCGCCACCGCCGCAGCAUUUCGACCUCUGCCUGCCGCGUCGUACGGACUGAGCGGGCUUCCUGUUCCUCCAGACGCUGGAGGAGGUGGAGCCCCCCAGAGGCUGGUGGAGUUGUCAAAACACAGCGUAGCUGCCUCCUUUUCCGCCUACGCAGACUCCACCAGCUCCUCCCCUCCUUCCUCCUCCUCCUCCUCUUCGUGUUCGUCUCUCGUGGUCCCCGGCGCCCCCACUCCUCUGUCCGCCUCCCUCCACUCCCUCUCGGCGUCGUUUCCCCUCACGCUCCACGGAGGUUUCCCCAUCCCCAUGGUCCCUCCCUCCUCCUUCACCUCCUCCAGCGCCACCACCAGUCCUCCCAUCUCCUCUUCCUCGUCCUCCUCCUCCUCCUCCCAGACUCCUCACAGCAGCAGUAAGCCGUACAGGCCGUGGGGAACUGAGGUCGGAGCUUUCUGACGGUUUGACUUCACUGCACGCAAACGUCUGACAGCUUUAACAGCCUGAAAAACACUCUAACCACCAAACGACUCAGAGACCGUUUUACUGACUGGUUCUAACACUCGUCACUAUUAAAGGAACAGUCCACCCAGCAAUGAAAACUCAGCCAUCAUCUCCUCACCCUCAGGAGCUCCAGACCUUCCAUCAGCAUGGAGGUGAGGAGAUGGUGUCUGUUCAACAGUUCAUCAUGGGGUGAACUGUUCCUUUAACGUGUUAACCUCUGAGGUGUUUUGACUGUUUUCCACCUGCUGAUUUGUGAUCAGUUCUUCUAAAAAUUCUGCGAUAUGUUGACUUCCUGUUCAGACGCACUGACCCGAUUCAACAAGUUUUACAUGUUUAGUUCGACCAAAGUGCGGAAAAUCUGUGAGCUGUUUUUAAGGAUUUACUUCUUCAGCAGAAGCCAAUGAGCUUAGAGCUGAGAGCCACAGACAGGAAGUCAGAAAGCACUGAGAGCAAAUUGUUGGUUUGGAUUCUUUUUGUGGGAUUUCUCGAUGAUAACAGAAAGUAGAACUGGGUCCGAUUUUUUCUGUAAGUCAUGCAAACCAAAGAACCAAAGUCUUCCUCUGAGAUAAUUGGACACUUUGAGGGGAGGAGCCAACCUGCAGACCUGCCAACACCUGUACAGACCCAGACGUACAGCUGUAUGUCCAGACUGGUGCAAACCGGGAUGAAGACUAACACAGGGACACUGAUGGUGACUGUGAACCGACUGAAACUCCACACCAAAGCCUUUUCCACCUUUUUAAUUACCUGUGAUUAACGUGUAAAGUGCCACCAGAUGUGCUGUCUUUACAAAUAAAGAUGAAGUAACGAGAUUGCUGCUGUCCUGAGUCGUGCGGCUCUUAUUUCCCAGUAUGAAGCAGUUGAAUGGCGACAGAUUGAGCCCGAGUGUGUCUGAAAUCAUUCAGUCUUAAAAUGGAGGCAACUCCGAGUCUCCACACUGCAGUCCCAAGCUGUUAAAGUAUCCCAGAGUCAAACAGCGCACACACACGGUAAUCCACUCCUCCUCUGCCUUCAUCUUGCAGUUGAUUUACACGCUGAAAUCACUGCUGCGCCCGUUAAAUCCUCCCACAGAAGAAAACGGCGUCAUUUCCAGCUGAAUGGAGGAUUAAAGGCUGACAGGCCUGGGAACAACCCGGCAGGCCGUAAAUCCGCCCCGGUCAGCCGACGCGGUUCUCACGCCGGGACGCCGCUUUGAAGUGACCGGCAGUAAACUGGGUGACAUGAGCCCACCACAUACAACACGCA